GGCGGUCCUUGCGGGGGCGGGGCUGGGCGCCGCCACUUCUCGGGCCUCGUUCCGCCGACGCUCCCUCGGACCCUCGGCACCCGGCCGGGCUGGGCUGGCUCCCCGGGGGGCCGGCUGCUGCCCGGCAGGCCAACAUGGACAGCCCCGAGGUGACCUUCACCCUGGCGUACAUCGUGUUCUCCGUCUGCUUCGUCUUUACGCCCAACGAGUUCCACUCGGCAGGGCUGACCGUGCAGAACCUGCUGUCCGGUUGGCUGGGCAUCGAGGACGUGGCCUUUGUCCAGUACCACUUGCGCAGGACCACGGUCACCAUGCUGGUCCACUCUCUGCUGCCGCUGGGAUAUUACCUCGGCAUGUGCUUUGCAGCUUCAGAAAAGCAGCUCUAUUAUUUUAACCAGGCUCCAGAAGGCUGGAAGCUGUUCCUUCUACUCUCAGUGUCCUUCCCCACCAUCACCUGCACCAUCGCUUACUAUUGGUCCCGGAAGAGGUGGGACUGCCAUCCACUAGCCAGGACUCUGGCGCUCCAUGCCCUCCCACAGUCAGGCUGGCGAGCAGUGGCAUCCUCCAUCAACACAGAGUUCCGACGCAUUGACAAGUUUGCCACGGGGGCUCCAGGGGCCCGGGUAAUUGUGACGGACACCUGGGUGAUGAAGGUGACCACCUAUCACAUCCAUGUGGCUCAGCAGCAGGACAUCCACCUGACGGUAACUGAUUCACGCCAGCAUGAGCUCUCACCAGACUCCAAUCUACCUGUCCAGUUCCUUACCAUCCGAGUGGCCAGCAUCAAUCCCCUCGUCAAAGCCUUUGACAUUCGACUGAAUUCUACAGAAUAUGGUGAACUUCGGGAGAAACUCCACGCCCCCAUCCGCAAUGCUGCCAAUGUUGUGAUCCACCAGAGCCUCGGUGACUUGUUUCUGGAAACAUUUACAUCCUUGGUGGAAAUCAACCCACCUUAUUCCAUUCCCAGCAACCAGGAACUGGAGCCCUGCAUUGGCUGCAUGCAGAUAAGUGCCAACAUCAAGCUAGUGAAGAACUGCCAAGAGUCCAACGAGGGCGAGUGCCAGCAGUGUUACUGCCGCCCCAUGUGGUGUCUGACGUGCAUGGGGAAGUGGUUUGCCAGCCGCCAGGAUCAGCAGCACCCAGAGACCUGGCUCUCUAGCCAAGUGCCUUGCCCCACCUGCAGGGCCAAAUUCUGCAUCCUGGACGUGUGCAUCAUCCACUGACCUUCCCUAAACAGGGACAUGCUCCUGGGGGAGGUCCCGGCAGGCUGAGCAUCACCAUCUGAUAGAUGCCAUCACGUCUCCCCCUCACUAGCUCCUUGGGCCUGGCCCAGCCUCCUCAGGAGGCUGCUUAUUUCACCUUGUUCCCAGAUUGGGUGGGGGGCUUGGGGGAAAGGGAGGAGGCAGGGCAAGACUUUCACUUCCAGACUUUGGAAGGAAGACCUGAUACUGCCACCCUGCCCCUGGCAUUUGUAGAAAGAAAAUGCCUUCUCUCUUCACUUCAUAGAGAGUGAAAGAUUCCAGGGAGAUUGUCCAUCUUCCUCGGUGUAACUAGACAAGCAAAGGGCUAUUAAAAAAAAAAACAAGUCAGACACUAUCCCUGACAGGAACUGAGCUUUCUUUUACUGGAGCCUUUUUUAAAAGUUUAUUCUUGGGGGCAGCUGGAUGGUUCAGUGGAUUGAGAGCCAGGCCUAGAGACGGAAGGCCCUAGGUUCAGAUCUGUCCUCAGACACUUCCUAGCUGUGUGACCUUGGGCAAGUCACUUGACCCCCAUUGCCUAGCCCUUACCAUUCUUCUGUCUUGGAACCAAUACACAGUAUUGAUUCUUAAGACAGAAGGUAAGGGUUUAAAAAAAAAUUUUUUUUAAAGUUUAUUCUUCAUGAUUGUUACACAAGUCAAUACUGUUCUCCCAUUUCAGGCUUGUAGCCUGCCCACACAAAUGUACCAGAUAGGCAUGGCUCCUAGGCCUGCCCUUAGCAAAAUGAUAUCAUUUCAGUGGGAAGUUUAAUUCUAGAUUUCUGUUUUAUUUGAACUCUCUCUUUCCUAUCCUACCCCUUGCUCCUCCCUUCCUCUUGCCUCUCCCUUCCUAUCUCCAGCUCUUGUAUUCCCUCCCACCAGUUUGUUUCAGACUAGAUAAUCCACUGUAGGCCACAGGAAAGAAAGCUAAAGCUAAGGCAUGUGUUAGCAAAAUAUGAUUUCCAAAGCUUCAGGAAUUAGAAUCUUAAUUGUAACUAUUUCCUUUGCCCCACACCCAAACUACGGCCCUCAAGCUCAGUCCUUUGGGUUGACUGCAGUAUUGAUAGUUGUUUCUCAGUACAACUUCUAAGGACAAGAGUAAGCACCUUCAUUAUCUUUGAUAUAUAAAAGUCUAUACCAUAAAGGCAUUUUAUUUUAUUUUCUUUAAGGUAUUUUAAAGGACAAGAGAAGAAUCCUGAUCAUCUUAAGUAAGACAGAAGUCCACAGCUCUGGGACAGAAGUAAUCAGUGUCAUUGUCUAAAUACAAAGACAGACCUUCCCCUCUUUGCAGGGGAUGCAGUAUAUCUAUCUAGCUAUGUCAGAUACAUCUGGUAGUUGCGCCUGUUUUCCUAGCAUUUAUUAUAUUGGGCAAUUGAAAGAGGCUUGGUGAGUGUUGGGCUCCCUUAGCAAAAAUGGUAUGAACUUCUCAUUCCAAUAAAUAGGAGGAAUCACA